CUCUCAAGCACCCACGCUUCUUGCCUGAGAGGAUCAUGUGAGGUGUUCACGGUACUGUACUUUUCGAGUGUAUUAAGUCAUCGAUUCCGCCAUGAAAAGGUCACGAGCGGCGAAGGGGAAUCCCGUGGGCUACGCGAAGCGCCUGGAGAAGGGCCACUACAAAGGACGAUGUGGGGCUACCGAGUCGGAGAUGCCUCACGCGAAGGUGCAAGCGGAAGCCAAGAGGCUCGCGAGCCUGCUGAGGACUGCGCCCAUCGCGGUGGCUCACACCGGGGCAGGCUUGUCUACCGCUGCGGGCAUCCCGGACUUCCGGGGCAAAGACGGGGUUUGGACCUUGGAGAACCAAGGGCAGCCUUUACCGGACUACGAGAAGUGCUGGGACAACGCCAUGCCCACGCUCGGGCACAUGGCGCUGGUGGGGCUAGUGAACGAGGGCUUCGUGCACGCGGUGAUCAGCCAAAACGUCGACGGGCUGCAUCUGCGAUCCGGUAUCCCGCGUGAGAAGCUGUGCGAGCUGCACGGCAACCUCUUCAUGGAGAUUUGCUCGGGCUGCGGGAAGGAGUUUCGGCGCACGGCGGACGUUGGCGGUGUGGGCUUCAAGCCAACAGGUAGACGGUGCCGUGAGUGUGGAGAAGGGAUGGUUGACGCGCUUCUUGACUGGGAGGACGAGCUGAGAGACUACGAGCAGGCUGUGGACCUCUCCGAAAGGUGCCGCGAAACCGGGGGUGUCAGCCUCUGCCUGGGGACUUCUCUGCAGAUCUCCCCGUCCAAAGACCUUCCCGCCAAGGCCGACAAGAUGGUCAUCGUCAACCUCCAGAAGACUUGUAAGGAUGCGCGAGCUGCGAUCGUCAUCCGCGCCAAGAUCGACGCGGUCAUGCGCUGCGUCAUGCAGGAGCUGGGCAUCCCGAUCCCGGUUUAUCGGCGGACAGAGACCCUAGUGGUGAGCCACACGUCCAGCAUCACCGGCGCCAACGGGGACCGGUGGAAGUGGGCCAUAGCCGUCGGGGACGCCGCGGAUGGGGCGCGAUGCGGCUACAUAGAUAGGAUGGCCGUGAAGUUUCCUGAGACGGACCUCUCAGAUGCUGUCGUUACGGGCCCCACGUUUCGUGUGGCCAAGACUACGAAAUGCCGGCGACUUUCCUUGGGCACGGGGAUGGUGAGAUCGAAGGAGAAAAUCGAGGCCGGCGGCGGGAGUAGCGACGGCACCAUCGGCCGUGGCGGAGAAGAAGAGGAGAAACGCCCACUGGAACGCGAAGGAAGUCACGUAGAGGGCGGUGCUGGCGUUGGCAACGGCGGCGGUAGCAAUAGUGUUGUUGUUGGCAGCGGCGGCGGUGAGUACAUCAGAGCGGUUCUUUCGCUUUUUUUCGUGGCCGCGCCGGGGCACGCGGCUCCCGAGCCGCAGACGGUCGAGUACCGCAUGGACUUGUCCGCGAGCGAAGGCUCGCAUCAAGUGUCGGUGUCAUUGGGCGAGGUGGACUACAACUGCAGUGCUUGAUAUGGGGUACCCUCGAACGGUUGAGGAUAACGCAAUUGCGUUGGAUUUGAAGGGGAUGUCGGUCGGCCGGUCGCAUGCUAAGACGUUGCUAUACGACCGUCAAUUACGGCCAGGGACGUUGACUUGAUCGAAAUGGACUCCGAUGACGGAACAGCAGCUUUCCCCCAGAUUCCCUGAAUGAUUCGUGACUGGGUAGCCGCUGUUGGUCGCUUCGGUUUUCGUCUUCCAGACGUUUCCUUCAGCAGCACGUCGUGCUCCUGUACAAAAAAAUAGAGUCCUGUGUUCUGGCGUACCCUGCAACAACAACCUUUGCUCGUCCGACCAAUUAUUAUGGGGGGAAUGCGUUAUUACGUGCUUGUGUGGUAUUGUGUCGUGGUUGAGAUGGAGGAAGUUGGAUGCUCAGGUUUGCCGUGCCGCCAACCAGGUGUGGUUGCGCGCUGCGGCAUAGUUCUGUUUUUUGUAUCGUUGAAGAAGAGCUGUGUCUUUUCAAUCGCGGUUGGCAACUUAAGGAAGAUAUACGUUUUUUUCGUGCUCGGCGUCUCACAUCAACGCGGGGGAUGUAAAAUGUAAAAGUAAAAUGUAGUCUAAGUACUAAAUGCACUCGAUAACCUUUUUU